AUGUUUAACAAUCUUCGACAAAUCAUCGUUCGAACAAUUCAUCCACGAAUUACUUUUCCAAUUCAUCGUCUAAGUUCAAUCGAAGCAGAUAAAUCACCGAUCACAGCGAAUGUGCCUAGUGAAGUAUGGAAACUCGGUAAACUUAAUCAUAUUGCCGUUGCUGUACCUUCUCUAGAUGAAGCAAGUAGCUUUUUCAAGAAUAUUCUCCAUGCGAAAGCUGUAAGUGGUGCAGUGCCGUUGAAAGAACAUGGUGUUCAUACUGUCUUUGUCGAUUUUGGUAAUACAAAAAUCGAAUUAUUAUUUCCACUUGGUGAAAAAAGUCCGAUAAAAAAAUUUCUCGAAAAGAAUAAAUUGGGUGGUAUUCAUCAUAUUUGUAUCGAGGUCGAUAAUAUCGAAGAAGCAGUGAAAGAUAUUCAACAACAAAAUAUCCGUACAUUGAGUGAAAGCACACAAAUAGGUGCCCAUGGAAAACCUGUCAUAUUUCUUCAUCCAAAAGAUUGUGGAGGAAUUCUAAUUGAACUCGAACAGGCAUAA